UUUUUUUUUUUUUUUGAAUUUUCGCGGAAUCAGUCUAAUUCUCAGAAUGAAACUUCCUACGUCACUUCCUUGUAUACAACAGGCACGCCCACAGCACGCGGUUGAACCAUUUGAGACAACAGAGAAUAUUGCUUGUGUAAUCCGCCAAAUAGCCAAACGAGGUCAAGACAAAGAAAGCACGUUGUUUUGUCAGCGGACUUUUAGAUCAUGAUCAUGACUUACCAAGAUCAAACAGAUAUCGACUACGAAACAAGUUUGGCAGCUGAAGGGCUCGUGUUAAUGUCAAAUAUGGUUGCUUCAAAUAUGGUGCACCGAACAGCUGACGAGAAAAAUAUGGCAGACGUAACCAACGCAGAAAAGAGAGACUCUUUGUUUAAUCUUGCCAGCAUUUUGACAGAUUUGGGAAAGUUAAGACGAGAACACGUAGACCAUGACUAUUUCAGUGGGGAAAUGAAGAGGAUUCAUUUAAGAUCUUUACAAAAUGACGAGAGUUUCAUUGAUAAAUCUACGAAAGACAAGAAACGAAAGCGCGCAAAAGCGACCCCGCCCACUUCAGUAGCUGAAGGUUCUGACGAAGAUGACAGUUCUAUGUGUAAUCCGAAGAAGAAACUGCAUCAGUGUUAUUACAAAGGGUGUGCCAAAAUGUAUGGAAAAAGCUCACACCUAAAAGCACACCUGCGCACACACACAGGAGAACGUCCAUUCCCUUGUACCUGGCCAGGCUGUGAUAAGAGAUUUGCCAGGUCAGAUGAAUUGGCCAGACACUUACGGACACACACAGGUGAGAAACGUUUUUGCUGUCCAUAUUGUGACAAAAGGUUCAUGAGAAGUGAUCAUCUCAACAAACAUGCCAGACGACACCCUGAAUUUGACCCCACUGUCCUUCAGAGGUCAAGGUUAAAGAAAAGCAAUACCAGUCCAUUACCCACCGGUAAGGAAAGUGAACGAUGAAAAUGAACGACAGGUUAUAAAGGAUCUUAAUUACAUGUAUUAUAGUAAUUAAUUGCCAAAGUACAGGAUAUUAACAGGUAUCUGUUACCGAGGUCUAUGGUUUUAUAUGUUAUGUAGGACAGAAUUAUGUUGGACUGUUCUAUAUUAUAGACAUCAGGAGGGAGAUUUUCACCCCCUACAUUAGGCCAAGAAAGUAGAUCUCUUCAGAUUUCACAAUCAAAACUAAAUGUUCAGACAGAUAGACAUAUCAUGUGCUGAUAAAAAAGUUUACCUGUUGCAAAGUAUACUCAUCCAUGUAUAUAAAGAAACAUUUAAGAUGUUAUACUGGUGUGCAGCUUGAGGGAUUCAAAUGGAUGCUUGAUCUCAGUAGGUUUUAAGUGCAUAACAGAAUUGAAGCCUAAAAGAAAAAAAAAAUCAACAAUGCAUUGUGUGAAUGAUGAUACUGGCUAAAUGUGUUUCCUAUUGAGUUGUUAACUUGAAACUUUAAAAAAACGGUUCUGCUAAAUUUAUUAUGUUUAUUAAUAUCUCUGUAUGUUGUUUUUUUUUUACUUUACAUUUACUAUGUAUAAAUUCAUGGCUACCUUUUGUUAAGAUUGCUUCUCUACAACUGCAAUACAGUUUUGUGCAAAUGAUGUAUUACCAGGAUCUUGGGAUUUUGUCUUGGUAGAUGAAAAUGACUUCAGUAUCAAAACAUUAACUCUUGAAAUACAGUAAAUCCAUGCCAGUCCUUGGACAGUGUUCUAUUUAUUAGGCUGUUGUUUUGAGUGACUUUUAGCUAUGGUUGUGCCUUCCUAAACAUGAUAGUGUUUUCUCCCCCUCUCUUUGUUUUGUUAUUUUUGUUUUCUGUGAAAUCUCUUCAGGGAUCCUGAGCAGAGUGUGAUACAUGUCAAUGUGACCUGAAACUUGUGUUGAUAUUCCAUUGUGUGUUGAAUGAUAUUGAUAAUUUUGAGGUGUCCUUGAUACAAAAUGUUUUAUCAAAGAAAUCCCAGUUUUCUACAAAUGUUUGCUUACUUUCUAGUGCUUACAGUUAAACAAUUUACAUUUUCAUAGAAUUAGAAACAGAAAAAUGAUAUUAGCAUUAUAUUUAGCUAUUGUACUAGUUGUCAGUUCCAUAUUCUUCGUAAUUGUCUGAUAUUUGAAUGUGACAAUGAAAAAUCUGCGCCACAAAGACACACUAUCUUAAUUUACUAAGUGGAGAUAAACCUGUGGUCUUCUAAACCAAGCAAGAUAAAAAUAUUUGGAUUACCCUGUACUAGGUAUUUAGAUAUAAUUUUGAAUAUAAAUGUACCUGAAUGAUUGA